GAAUGUGAAGACUUUUCAAACGUCUCCAUUUCAAUAGAUGGCGCUUGUGCGUUAUACUUGGAUAAAUGAUUAACCGAACUACACGUACAAGAGUUAGUAGGAAAGGGGACCGUUGCUUUAAGAUGAAGAUUGUAGAAAAUUUUUAUUUUGUGUUAUUAUGUUAAAUUCCACAAGUACCUGAAGUAUAUAAAUAGCAGUUGAUUCUGAAUAUCUGUACAAAAAACUUUGUGACUUCCUUUCGAUAGUUUGUGGAGAUAUUGGGAGAUGUUGUCCACUCUCUCCUCUUUUCAGACUCAGUUAGCUUCCAUCAUGGAAACACUUGUGCAAACAGCUGUAUUAGAGAUAAGCAAACUGGUGGAUGUGGAGUGUGAAGUGUUGUUGUCGGAGGUGUCCCGCAGCCGCAGUGAGAUUAGCGCUCUGAGGAAGAGACUGAGGCUGAUGGAGGUCCAGCCGUGGACAAACACUGGACAAACACUCACAGAGACUUUCACGUGUGUUAAGAGUGAAUGUGGCCAAGAAGCGAUACACAAUCAUUUGAACAGGCGUAAAGGCCCAUCAGGAGACGUCCCAGUAGUAAUUCACCAACACCAAGACAGUCCACAGCAGAAGUGUGAUGUAAACCAGCCAAUUAGUAUGGUAAAGCAGGAGCAACAGGAAGUAGAUGUUUCGAUUGGUCAAGACAACAGUCAAGAACCCAGUGUGGUGAAGCUGUGAGCCUGUCACCCAUCAAGGAUGUUCACAAAUCUGUUCCUUGUGUUAAAAGAGGAAAUAGAGAAAACGCAACCACAAGAGUCCCAUCUAAAGCAGAAUCACCAGAACUGAACCGAAACACCUCACCUGGAACAAUAACAGUGAACCAGACCAUGCCAAACGGUGAACCAAACACUUCUUUCAGUCACACACAAAGUUUAAGUGCAUCAAGAACAUCAAGUCUCAACACUAUUUCAGGAGACAAGCGUUUUGUUUGCUCCUACUGUUCAAAGAGGUUCAGGUGUUUUAGUCAACUUACAAUACAUCAGCGAAGUCACACAGGUGAGAAGCCGUACAGGUGCACGCUUUGUGGGAAGAGGUACAUUCAGAAAGGACACCUGUACACCCAUCAGCGCACUCAUACCGGAGAGAAGCCAUAUCGAUGUUCGCUCUGUGGAAAAGGCUUUAUUCAGAAAUGCACUCUAGACAUGCAUCUGCGAAGUCACACUGGAGAAAAACCCUACACCUGUACAAAAUGUGGGAAAGGGUUCACCACCAAAUUUAAUCUUAACAAACACCUGUCAUGUCAGACUUGCACCAACAUUAGUUAAUAACAAUAUACUUGAGUAAAUGUGCUGAUAUUAGUUUCGAACUGCAUUGAUUUGCACUCUUAUGAUCACAGAGAUGAUUUUAAAAAAUGUAAGGUUUAAUAAAAAGUUUGAUUCAUGUGGCAUCAGAUUGACACUAAAUACAAAAUCAUGUCUAAAAACAGUGAAACUUGUUCUUAUUUAUUUAUUUAUUGAUUGAUUUAUUGAUUUACACUACCAGUCAAAAGUUUUUGAACAGGAAGAUUUUUAAGGUUUUUAAG